AUGGCUCAAAGAAACUUAGUUGUUUCUAUCCAUUCCGAAGGAUCACUAUUCACAUGUUCAAAUGAGGGAUUCUCAUUUUGCAAUACGAAUGUAACUAGGUUCAAGAUCCACAUCAACUCCGACUAUUUCCAUUUAAAAGACCGUAUUGAAAAGAAGUUGCAACGUUAUGUUGAAGACAUCAUUUAUCGUCAACCAUUAUUUAAUGGAGAUGGUAAUACCGUCUUUCACAUAAUGACACCGAUUAAGACCGACGAAGAUGUCAGGUCGAUGUUUCAAUGUCAUGUAACAUUAUCUAAAUUACCCAGCAUUGAGAUAUAUGUUCGUCUAGUUGAUAUUCCCGAAGAACAACCGAUUGGCAAUGUUGAGGAACAACCGUCUCACUUCUAUCCAACGCAAUCUGUACAGUCACACGACUAUGGAAUGAGUCAAGCCAUUGACGAAGAGCCGACUCAAAAUAAUGAACCUUUCAUACCAAAUGAAGAGGUGGGCGAGAAUAGUGAGGAUGAUCUUGAGGAGGUUCGAUUUGAAGAUCUUUUCGGUGGUAGCGAUGACGAUGGCAAUGAGGAAAUAUUAGACACACCGGCUAUUGCACUAAGAGUGCAACCAAUUAGUUUGUACAAUCCACCUGCGCACAUGCAAAAUAUAAGUUUGGAUGAUGCCGAACCAAGCUCCGUUUUCGGCAGUUCCAUACCAACUCACAACUCUGACGAAAUUGAGGAGGGCAUAGAGUAUGAAGAUAAGGAAGACUGUCUUCUGGCGUUGCGACAAUGGCAUAUAAAACGUAGUCUAGAUUUCUCUGUGGUUAAAUCUGACAGUGUACGUUUUGUCAUCAAAUGUAGAAAUGCAACAUGCAAUUUCAAAUGCAGGGUCUCUUUGCGCAAGGGCAACUCAAGGUGGAGAGUUGGUAAGUCUAGUGGGCCUCAUACGUGCACAACAACUUCCAUGUCACAAGACCAUACAAAACUCAGUUCAGAGAUGAUUAGCAAGAGCAUAAUGGAGCUUGUAAAUCGGGACGCUUCUCUUAAGGUGAAGGUUAUCAUUGCUCAUGUUGUUGAGAAAUACCGGUAUAUCAUAUCAUACAAAAAGGCAUGGAUUGCAAAGUGUAAGGCGAUUGAGUCGCUCUAUGGAAAUUGGGAGACAUCUUACAACGAUCUUCCGCAGUGGAUACUGGUAAUGAAAACAUAUCUUCCAGGUACCAUUAUAGAAUUACAAACCCUACCUGUGAUUUCAAAUGAUGGUUCAUACUUGGGUGACCAAAGGAUAUUUCAUCGUCUGUUUUGGGCGUUUAGACCAUGUAUACGUGGCUUCGCGUAUUGUAAACCAAUUGUGCAGGUUGAUGGAACUUGGUUGUAUGGCAAGUACAGAGGGACUCUGCUGAUGGCUGUGGCAUAG